AUGAAGAUCACCGCCAUUCUCUCCCUUCUCCCUCUGGCUUUCGCAGCUCCGGCACACGUUGAGAAGCGUGCCGGACCCACAGUCGUCGCACCCUCCCCCCAGGCCACAGUGCUUGGUAAGAGCGCUUCCAAUGUAGAGUCUUUCAAUGCAAUCCCCUACGCCCAGCCUCCAGUGGGACAGCUUCGUCUCAAGCCACCGCAGCCGUUGACCUCGAGUCUGGGCACAGUCGACGGCACCGGAACUGCGAGGGCUUGUCCACAGUUCUUCUUCUCAGUCGAUCCGGCGGCUUUUCCUGGCAACGUCAUUGGCACCAUAUUGAACACGCCCAUCUUCCAGGCCAUCUCCGAUGCUGGAGAGGAUUGCUUGACUAUCAACGUGCAACGACCGGCAGGUACGGAUGCUGACGCAAAACUCCCGGUCUUGUUCUGGAUCUUUGGCGGUGGCUUUGAAUUGGGCGGAACUGCAAUGUACGACGGCACGUCGAUAAUAGCAGACUCAGUUGCUCAAGGCAAGCCGGUCAUCUUCGUGGCUGUCAACUAUCGCGUUGGAGGUUUCGGCUUCCUGCCUGGAAAAGAGAUCCUUGCAGAUGGCUCCUCAAACUUGGGCUUGCUCGACCAGAGGCUGGGCCUGCAAUGGGUUGCUGACAACAUCGCGGCUUUUGGAGGCGAUCCAACUAAAGUGACAAUUUGGGGCGAGAGUGCCGGAGCCAUCUCAGUCAUGGAUCAGAUGCUGUUGUACAACGGAGAUCACACUUACAAGGGAAAGCCGCUUUUCAGAGGCGGUAUCAUGAACAGUGGUUCUAUUGUACCUGCAGACCCCGUCGACUGUCCAAAGGGUCAACUGAUCUACGACACGGUCGUGAAGGCAGCCGGCUGCUCCAGCUCCACCGACACUCUCGCCUGUCUCCGCCAAGUGCCUUACGAAAAGUAUCUGCAAGCUGCCAACUCAGUCCCCGGGAUCCUCGGCUACUUCACCGUCAACUUAUCCUACCUGCCGCGGCCUGACGGCACCGCUAUCACGCAAUCCCCCGAGCUACUCGUCGAAGCAGGGAAAUACGCAAAAGUGCCCUUCAUCGUCGGCGACCAAGAAGACGAAGGCACUUUGUUCGGCCUCUUCACGCCAAACCUGACCACCACCCGCGAAGUGACGACGUACUUCUCCACCGUCUUCUUCAACAACGCGCAGCCCGCGCAAAUCGACCAGCUGGUCGGCACCUACCAAACCAUCAGCGAGGACGGCAGUCCGUUCCGCACGGGCCUGCUGAACAACUGGUAUCCGCAGUUCAAAAGGGUCUCCGCCAUACUCGGCGACCUAACAUUCACGCUCACACGGCGCCUAUUCCUCGAAGCCUCAGCACAGGUCAAUCCCAGCGUGAAGUCGUGGUCGUACCUCGCCACAUACGACUACGGCACGCCGAUCCUCGGAACCUUCCACGCCUCCGAUCUGCUGCAGGUCUUCUACGGCGUGCUGCCCAACAACGCCGCGAAGAGUAUCCGAGGCUACUACUACAACUUCGUCUACAACCUGGAUCCAAACGUCGGUAUCUCGCUGCCCAGCUGGCCGCAGUGGAGCACGAGCAAGAAGUUGAUCGAGUUCAGGGCGAACAGCAACGCGCAGCUCGACGAUGAUUUCAGAGCGGAUUCGUACGAGUUCUUGAAGCAGAACGCGGCUUCCUUACGCGUCUGA